UCUUCCGACCAAACUCUGGUACUUGCUGCUGUGAUUCUCUGUUAAAAGAAUCUAAAACACACAAAAUAUCUGGAGAAAAUUUAGAAAGAGAGUAAGGUCAUGGGAAACAGAAAGCCAGUAGCUGAGCUGAUAGCAUCGCUGGAGCAAGCAACACUCAUGUCUCAUCAAAUUGGAACCGCCGUGGAACGAAACCAGCUCCUUCAAAUCUCCUCCUCUCUCCGCACAGCCCACCACCGCCUCUCCACCUUGCUCUUGUCCACCGUUCCAUCGCCGGCAUCUGAUAACUCUGUCUCCUCCGUCGAUCCGAUGCAAUUAGGGGAGGGCGAGGCUGAAGCGAUGGAAGAUGAGAGAGACUCGGCGGUGGAGAAGGUGGAGGAGAAGAUGAGAGAGUGUUUUAUAAGGAACAAGAGGGCCAAGAAGCGGCCACUGUCUCCGUCGUCUGCGGUGGUGGAGACUUCGGCGACAGAAGAGAGGAGUAGCCGUGAUUAUUAUUACGGGCAGUUCGAUUUGGACCCAAAUGCCUCCAAGUUGAGAGCUUUGGAUCUUAUCUACCAAUUCCAUGGAUGAUAGUAGAUUAAUCUCACUGUAGACCAUUUUUAUUUUUUUUUAAAUUCAAGGUUUAGAUUUGAGAAGCUUUCGUGAUUAUAAAAAGAAAAACACUUAUCAAUUUGGGAAAACAAUUUUACAUUGCAGAGACGGUGAGUUUCUUCAAGAACAGCAUUGGGUCUGUGUUCUCAACAUUAUUUCUCUUCCCAUUGAAUGCAGAAAUUCACCUUGUUUUGUGAGAUUGGAUUCAGCUGUUUUUGUUGCUCAGAAGCAGACUGAAGAGAGUUCUAUCAACCAUAGAGAAGCAACUUUUGGUGUGUUUCAGUCUGAAUGUUACAACAAGACCAAAAGCGGGCAUAUAUAUAUAUAUAUGUAUAUGUAAAUGGUAGUGAUUCAUUGUCACUGUGAUGCAAAAGUUUAGACAGUUAAAAUAGAAUUAUACCUUUGGCUGAGGGAAGAAGUGUUCUCCCUAGGAACUCUUGAAAUGUAUUCCGGUUCUUGAAAAAGAGGAAGUUUCUCAUCGAAAAAGGACAUUAACAAUCACGAGAUUCAUGUACCUUAGUAGAAGUUGACCACAAUG